AUGACGGAAAAGGAUGGCAUCUCCUACAAACAGGGCCUCCGUCUGAUCUGCAGCCAGCCCCUUAAAAAUCUUGGAAAUCAGAAUGGGCAUUUUGUUUUCCUGGCUGCCUUUGAUACUGAUGCCAAGCCCUUCGAUGUCCUGCUUGACGAUCCGCACAGUGCGCUUGAUGUUGGCAAGGGAGUCCUGGACAGGGGCUCCUGGCUCGCCACCAUUCAGCUGCACGGGGCUGGGGGCAGCUGCAGCGGCUCGUCGGCACCCUUGCUGCUGGGGCUGAUGCUGAAUAAGUCGUCAGAAAGGGUGACGAGCACCCGCAGCCACUGCUUGCCCGGCACCCACAGCUCCAGCAAGCCGCUCUUGGGAGCUCUCUGGCCGGCUGCCAUCUUCAGCACAUUCCUCGGGUAG